CUUAAUGAAAACCUGAUCCAGAGCGCUUGGGACCUCAGAUGGGGCCGAAGGUUCACCUUCCAAUAAGACAAUGACUCUAAGCACACAGCCAACACAACACAGGAGUGGCUUAGGGACAACUCUGUGAAUGUCCUUGAGUGGCCCAGCCAGAGCCCUGACUUGAACAUCUCUGGAAAGACCUGAAAAAGGCUGUCUACCAACUGUCCCCAUCCAACAUGACAGAGCUUGAGAGGAUCUGCAGAGAAGAAUGGCAGGAAAUCCUCAAAUCCAAGUGUGCAAACCCUAUGGCAUCAUACCCGGGAAGACUGAAGGCUGUAAUCGCUGCCAAGUGUGCUUCAACUGAGUAUUGAGUAAAGAGUCUGAAUACUUAUGUCAAUGCAAUAUUUUUGUUUUUUCUUUUCAAUUAAUUUGCAAAAAUUUCUAAAAUUCUGUUUUCACUUUGUCAUUAUAGGGUACUGAGCGGAGAAUGUUUGGGGGCGGGAUUGGUAGUCCGAGGACUUUCCGAAUGCACUGUAGGAAGGUUCACUUUUGGUUUUGUAUAGUAAAUAAAAUGGCUGCAGUUGUGCUGUAGACAUUGUGAAUCCUGGUUCCCUUCACCUCCACAAUAAAGAAAUCUCGGUAAAUUUCUCUACGAUUAAUUAUUUCACAUCAAAACAUGACUUUGUUUACAUCGUUUUAAUUAUGCAAAAAAAAAAGUUUGCAAAAAAUUCUCUAUCAUCAUGAAACUUCUGUCUUUACGGUAAUCGGCGCUUGCAAACCUAUUGGACAGCGCACGGAGUGACGUCAUUGGUUCAGGAAGUGGUCACUGACGGUGGAAACUAAUGUAAACAUUUUCACUGGACGCUCUGAAAAACACCAGCCGUUAGAAGACAUGGUUACAAUACAGUAGAGUUUAUCACGUGUUUUGGGUACAGGACACAGCCAUCUUCCACCUGGCGGACUAUUGGGGCAUGGUUUAUUUUACACUCUUCAACAGCCUACAGUUUUAGCGACAAAAUCAGUGUUCUGUGUGGGGCAGGUCUUCCAGGCGUACUUACUACACUUGUUAGCACCAUGUCCACUUCUGUCGAUGUCCACGCACAGCUGGCGUCCAUAAUAGAGAGGUUUGCCAAAUGUGCGCUGGUGGAGAUGACUAAAAUAAUCGAUAACGACUCUGCGCUGCUACGCGCGGAGAUAUCGCGAAGACAAAUGGAGAUCGAGUCGCUCAUGUGUAAACUACAGUUUGCAGAGAGCGAGCUGAGGUCAGCACGACAGGCAGCCCGCCAGCAUCCUCCUCCCAGCCUCCGCUCCGUGGGAAUUCAAGUUAGCAGCGCCUCUACACUACGAGGACACCAAGAAACACACCCAGAUAACCCCCCACAGUCUUCCAAAACAAAGGAGAGUGGAGUAGAACCGUUCCAUGUCAAAGAGGAGAGGACUGAAGUGAAGCCAUGGGACAAUGGAGAAGAUCCACAGGUAGAGGAGAGCCAAGGUUGCUGGGAAGAGGAGAGAGAUUCAUCCAACAAAUCUGGAGAUGGUUGUGAUGCAUAUCUACCUAGCGAAGCCAAACCUGGUGUUGUCUGGGAUUCUCCUGAAGUGGGAGAUUUUAACAUGAACACAGCACAGAGACCAGAGGCAUCACAAGAAGCUCCUAAUACAAGUCUUGGCCAGCCGAACAUGGACAUAUCCCCAAGCCGAAGAGAGAACAACAUCAUCCAGUAUCAUCAAGCCACAGAAUGUGAUGCCAUCACUCAACACAGACUUGGUCGGUCUGCUAAUAUUGCAGCUGCUCACAUCGUUCCUCCAGUUACUGACCAGAGAAGUGAUGGGGUGGCAAUGGGGGAAAAAAGCUCACGCUGCCCUCAGUGUGGUAAAACGUUCACCACCCGCUUCUACUUGAAGAUCCAUCAGCGCAUCCACACAGGUGAGAGACCGUACACUUGUCUUCAGUGUGGAAAGCGCUUCUAUUGCAACUCGCACCUUAUCUCUCACCAGCGCUCACAUACUGGUGAGAAGCCCUACAGUUGCGAAGAGUGUGGCAAGUCCUACUCGCAUUUAAACUCCCUCAAACUGCACCAGCGCAGCCACACAGAGGAGGAGGCGUACGCCUACUGGUGACUGGCAACCAAAGAAGACUGCAUUUGGUCUCUUUAAACUGUUUACAAGUUACAACUUUUUCAAGUAAUAGUUUAGUCAGGUAAAGCUAAUGUUUGAAGAGGAAAGCUCCAGCAUUUUUGACCAUUUGUUGAUCUCUAAGUGCCACAUACAGUAUUGUGCAAGAGUCAGAGACCACCGUUCAUUUAUUUAAUUUAUAGACAAAACAGCCAUUAAGUACAAGUUUUCAUCUUCAAAAUAUAUUUUCGAGGAGAUUAAAUAUACAAAACCAAAUUGAAUAAGGAUGGGCAAAGUCAAAUGAAAGGAAGUUAAAAUUCAGUCAAAACUGAAGUUAAAAUUGUAAAGAUACAGAGAAAAUGGGACUCCUAUAAACCAUGUGAGACCUGGUAGACCACCAAAAUUGUCACCAUCAGAUAAACAGUACUUAAAGUUUUCAUCUGUGAGAGAGAGGAGAAAAUCACUCCACUCUUGCUUCAGCUCUGAAAAAAAAACACAGGUGUUUCUGUCCAUCCUUCUAUCAUGAGAAGACAACUCUGCAUCAUUGGGCUGAAAGGCUGUGUAGCUGUGAAAAAGCACUUUACUGAGACAAGAAAAUAGACAAAAAAGUGAAAUUUUGCAGAUCAAAAAAGCUCAGUGUCUACUCAGAGUAUCACAGGACCACCCCGGAGUCCACAUGUCAGAAUUGUUGAGUGUGAAUGGGUUUACAACCAACUUCUAAGACUGUAUUUUGGAGGUGUGGAAAAAUAUCCAUGCAGUUUUCCUAGAAAAAAUGAAAGCCAGUCUACUGAAAAGAACGUGUUAUUUUCUGUUAAAUAUGUUUUCUGCUCUUUUCUUGACACUGAAAAAUGAACAACUUGUACUUAAUGGCCGAGUUGACUGAAAAUUAAAUAAAUGAAGGGUGGUCUCUGACUUUUGCACAGUACUGUUUGUAGUAUACAAGCCAACAUGUUUUCUGUUCUUUUACUAAGUACAAGUAAAUGUGUUAAAGUUUUUGUCCAUAGUAAACACACAACAUACGCUACAGAUGGGCACAUAGAGAUUAGGUUGAAAAAAUCUUUGGGAGUAUUCUUUUAACAAUGAAUGAAAGUAAAUAACCACCAGUUAGCAUUAUGCAAAUAUAGUCAUGCUAAUUGGUGGCUACCACUAGGGAUGUAGCGAUACACAAAAUUCAGAAUUUGAUUUGAUAUGAUACAUUUUUCUUAUAUUAAAUUUUUAAUUAAAAUAUAAUAAGAUGUAUGUUAAUACUUGUUUCCAUUUUCAGUUUAUAAGAGCAUUCAACAUUAUAAAAGUACAGUUUUUUUUAAACAGACGCUGUGCUUCUUAGUGUCCUCGACUAAUGUUCUACCCACAAGCUAACACAAUAGCCAAAAGGUAACAAGCUAGUCAUGAUACUAGGGCACAGUAAAACACAAUACACUGUACUGUUACAUCCCUAGCUACUGUCUUCCAUUUGUUGUUAGCCAUAUUAGCAUUUUGGUUGAGCUAUUCCUUUGUGUCGCACAUUUCUAGAAAAGACAUGCGUCCAUUGAUACAAAUGAGUUAUUUGUAUUUUCUGUUGGACAGAGUGCCUGAUACUUAUUCAACUUGCCAGUUAACUGGUUCACAAGUUUGAAAAUCAAGUGUUACUGUGUGUUAUUUUGUCAGUUUAACUUUGUUAAUUAUUAGUUAUUGUAACUUCAUAAGUAUGUACUUUGAUGUAGUUUUUCUGGCAAAAAUUUGAUUCAUUUGAUAUUUAAAUACAAAUUGUUACACAAAGGUUAA